AUGGUGGUCCCGUUGGCACCUACCUUACCUCAGCCUACUCAACAAAGAUCUCCUCCCACGCAACGUGGGGGUACCCACAAGGGGGUUCCUAAACGGAAAGCACCUAAGCAACGCAAACUGAGGAAACUGAGAAAGCGCCAGAAGAAGGGAGUCGGAGACCAACGCUCUGUCCAUUCUUGCUGUGGAGCACCAGGGAACUACCUGCACCAAGCGACAAUACCACACUUGCUGGAGAAGCCAUUACAGUUGUCUCUGUGCUGCCUCCAUUACUCACCAGGCUCGGACAUCCUCUCACUGAUUGUGCAUGCGGCCCACCGGCGAGCCGCCAACUUUCUGGACUGUGAUGUAUAUCCAGAGGGCAUAGGCUAA